UUCCAACUGUCAACCCUAAAGUGAAGUUUAACGCAUGCAUGAUACCACAAGUUUUAUUUUUAUGUAAUUUGUUUUAAAAGAUUACAAUGGCUGCAGUUAAAACAGUUGAGGAUAACAAAAAUCACGUAGAAGAAGAAGAGGAAGAUGAUGAUAUAAAUGAUACAGAGGAAAUUGAAGCGAAAGAUCCCUCAAAGAAGAAGAAAAAGAAAAAAAAGAAGAAGAAGACAGCGGGAACUGAAGCGUCCGUAGAAAAUGGACCUGAACCGCGUGAUACGUUACAAAAUGAUUCAGUGGAAGAUGUCGCUGAAACCGAGGAAAAGAAAAAGAAGAAGAAAAAUAAAAAUAAGGUCAAAACUUCUGGAAAAACACAAACGAACCCACCAACAAUUCCAAUCGCGGAAUUAUAUCCUGACGGUAACUUCCCUGAAGGCCAAAUUAUGGAUCAUGGCCCAGCUGAGGGCAUUGAUGAAAGAACAGCUAAAGAUCGCUUCUCAAGUGAGGAGAAGAGAGCUCUAGAUAGAAUGCACCAGGACAUUUACCAGGAAAUCAGACAUGCAGCUGAGGCUCACAGACAGACUAGAAAAUACAUUCGGGAUUGGAUAAAGCCUGGUAUGACAAUGAUACAAAUCUGUGAAGAGCUUGAAGCGACAGCAAGACGUCUUAUUGGAGAAGAUGGUCUUAAGGCUGGGCUUGCUUUCCCCACUGGCUGUAGCCGUAACCACUGCGCUGCACAUUAUACACCGAAUACAGGUGAUAAUACAGUGCUGGAGUAUGAUGAUGUUGUUAAGAUUGAUUUUGGAACACAUAUUAACGGUCGCAUCAUCGACUGCGCGUUCACACUGCACUUCAACCCGCGGUACGAUCCACUAGUUAAAGGUGUGCAGGAGGCUACGGAGGCUGGUAUAAAGGCUUCCGGUGUGGAUGUUAGGCUGUGUGAUGUAGGUGCUGCGGUACAAGAGGUAAUGGAAUCACAUGAAGUUGAAUUAGAUGGUCAAGUUUACCAAGUGAAGCCGAUACGUAACCUUAAUGGUCACUCUAUUGGACCAUACAGAAUCCAUGCUGGUAAAACUGUACCCAUUGUAAAGGGUGGUGAGACAACGCGUAUGGAGGAAAAUGAAUUCUAUGCCAUUGAGACAUUUGGUUCAACCGGUCGUGGACAAGUUCACGAUGAUAUGGAUUGCUCUCAUUAUAUGAAAAACUUUGAUCAACAAUUUGUGCCAUUGAGACUGCAAUCAUCAAAACAACUUUUGAAUGUGAUUAACAAAAACUUUGGUACACUGGCGUUCUGUAAGCGUUGGUUGGAGCGCGCCGGGGCGUCGCGAUACGCAAUGGCCCUCAAGGACCUUUGUGAUAAGGGUGUGGUGGACGCCUACCCACCCUUGUGCGAUAUCAAGGGCUGCUACACCGCACAGUACGAGCACACCAUCCUACUCAGACCUACCUGCAAGGAGGUAGUCUCACGAGGUGAUGAUUACUAAUAAGAUGGAAAUACACAUGACAGUGAAUAAUGCCAGUUAUUACAUGCCAGUAAAAUGUCAACGAAAUGAUCAUGGGGUCAGUGUCAAGCAAGUGUACCAGUUACUGGCAUGUGUAUUACAGUCCACUUUUGUACCGAGUUUUUAUAAGAAUUGCAUUUUCAAUACAUGGAUAUAUCCCUUACAUGGCUUAUUUAAGAAAAGAUAAUAUUAAGCUUUGAUUAAAGCAAGUUUUGAAUAAUUAGUGACUAAAUAUUAUAUAUUUACAUAAAUACAGUCCAAAUGAAAAAUAAAAGCAAUAAAGAUGGAAUUGAUGCUGAAAUAUAAUAUUAUGAUAUUAAACAGCUAUAUUUAGAUAUUUUUUGAGACAAUAAUCUUUCAGAUUGUUAUAUGAAGUGUAAAAGUCAUUUAUCUACAAUUUCUUGGUGUGAAUUACUCAAUUAAUUUAUUCUACAUUGAAGCUUUUAAAUGUUUUUAUUUUUGUCAUGUUUAAAACCAUAAUCUACUAUCAGUUUGAUUAUUUGAAAUAUGCAAUUGAGGGGUCAAUCUAUGUAUUAAAGUGUUCUAAGUUUCUUAAAUGUUUGCGUGUUUUGUGUAUUUAUAACGCAAUGUUUCUUUAUGCUUUUUUUAAUGCAAUACAAAUAUGUGUUUCUAUCAUAAUAAUUCUCUUAAUUACUGCUUUUAAACUUUUCAUUCUAAGCCUUUUUUGUCGACAAUAGUUGUUACUAGUUUUUAAUUUUUUUUUUAAAUUCAUGUUAAAAACUUACUAUGCAAUAUUUUAGUAUACAUAUUUUUAUCAGUAAAAAUGCAACUUUGUUGUAAUAAAGUUCUACUUAUUUA